ACUGACAUCUUCAAAUAAAUUUUCGCGCCAUAAUUUUCCUGACGUUACAUAUAUAAACAAAGCUAAUUUUGUAUAUUUUGUAAGAAAAUUAAAAAUGAGUCUUCUUUGGUGUGAUAAAUACCGACCCAGAGAUUUCACAAAACUUGAUUUCCAUAAAGAACAAGGUUUAGGAUUGAAAAGCUUAACAAAAGAUGGGGAUUUCCCUCAUCUCUUAGUUUACGGUCCUAUGGGAUCCGGCAAGAAAACAAGAAUAAUGUGUCUUCUGAAAGAAUUAUAUGGCCCGGGGGUUGAACGUCUCCGUAGUGAAACAAUGAAUUUCACCACCCCUUCUAAUAAAAAACUUGAAAUUGGUACUGUUAACAGUAAUUACCACAUUGAAGUGAACCCAUCCGAUGUUGGAAUUUAUGAUAGAGUAGUAAUAAUGAAUAUUAUAAAAAAUGUUGCUCAAACACAGCAGUUGGAUGUUACUGGUCAAAAAUCAUUUAAAGUGAUUGUACUGACUGACGUAGAUGCUUUAACUAAAGAUGCCCAACACGCACUUAGAAGAACAAUGGAGAAAUAUAUUUCAAACUGUAGAUUGAUCUUAUGUGCUACUUCCAUAUCAAGAGUUAUACCUGCUAUUAGAUCCAGGUGUUUGUGUGUCAGAAUUCCAGCACCUACAACUGAAGAAAUAGUAGAAGUAAUAACAAAAACAGCAUCAUUAGAAGAUAUAGACUUUCCAGAAAAGUUGGCAAAGAGAAUUGCUAUUCUUUCGGAAAGGAAUUUACGAAGAGCUUUGCUGAUGAGUGAGGCUUGUAAGGUUGAAUCUGACGGAAAACUGUUGCCUGAUCAAAAAAUUUCUGAACCAGAUUGGCAAAUAAUGAUAAAGGAGACAGCUCGAUUGGUUAUAACUGAACAGAGCAUAGCACAGUUGAAGAAAGUUAGAGAACACCUGUAUGAACUUAUAUGUAGAGGGAUACCGUCUGAGAUAAUAUUCAAGAAUUUACUUGAUGAGUUAUUGAAACAAUGUAAUUUGGGAUUGACAGCGGAAAUUUUAGAGAAUGCUGCCCAUUAUGAGCAUCAAAUGAUACAAGGAAACAAGGAAAUCUUUCAUUUAGAAGCCUUUGUUGCCAAAUGUAUGUAUCUAUAUCAGAAUGUGUUAGAAGAAAUGAAGUGUGAUUUUUAAGAUUUUUUUUCACAUGUAUAUUUUGAUAAUUAUUAUUCUUUACUUAA